GCCGGCCCGCGCGCGGGGCCGCUGGGAGCUGUAGUUCGGCGGGCGCCGGCUCCCCUGCGCGGCGGAAAGGGCCCGUUGCAGCUGAGGCCGCCCGUCCGCCGCCGCCGCCGCCGCCGCCGCGGGAUCCGCGCCAUGGCCCACUCGCCGGUGGCCGUGCAGGUGCCCGGCAUGCAGAAUCACAGAGCAGAUCCUGAGGAGCUUUUCACCAAACUGGAGCGCAUUGGGAAGGGCUCCUUCGGGGAAGUCUUCAAAGGCAUCGAUAACCGGACACAGCACGUGGUUGCUAUUAAAAUCAUCGACCUUGAGGAAGCUGAGGAUGAAAUUGAAGACAUCCAGCAGGAGAUCACAGUUCUCAGCCAGUGCGACAGUCCUUACGUCACAAAAUAUUAUGGCUCCUAUUUGAAGGGCACAAAGUUGUGGAUAAUAAUGGAAUAUUUAGGUGGGGGAUCGGCCCUGGAUUUGCUUCGUGCUGGCCCGUUUGACGAGUUCCAGAUUGCUACAAUGCUAAAGGAGAUCCUGAAAGGUCUCGACUAUCUGCAUUCAGAAAAGAAAAUCCACAGAGAUAUCAAAGCUGCCAAUGUGUUGUUGUCUGAGCAAGGAGAUGUAAAGCUUGCAGAUUUUGGAGUUGCCGGGCAACUGACUGACACACAAAUUAAGAGGAACACUUUUGUAGGCACACCAUUCUGGAUGGCCCCCGAAGUCAUUCAGCAGUCGGCCUACGACUCAAAAGCUGAUAUCUGGUCCCUUGGAAUCACUGCGAUCGAACUGGCCAAAGGGGAGCCUCCCAACUCGGACAUGCACCCGAUGCGAGUCCUCUUUCUCAUUCCCAAAAAUAACGCCCCCACCCUCACUGGAGACUUCAGCAAGCCCUUUAAAGAGUUCAUUGACGCCUGUCUGAAUAAGGACCCGACGUUUCGUCCCACGGCCAAGGAGCUGCUUAAGCACAAAUUCAUCCUGAAAAAUGCCAAGAAGACCUCUUACCUGACGGAGCUGAUUGACAGGUUCAAGAGAUGGAAAGCCGAAGGACACAGCAGCGACGAAACGGACUCAGACGGCUCGGAUUCCGAGUCUGGCAACAAGGAGAACAAUUCUCACCCUGAAUGGAGUUUUACCACUGUUCGGAAGAAGCCAGAUGCCAAGAAAGUGCAGAAUGGGACAGACCAAGAUCUCAUGAAAACCCUCGGCUGCUUAACCGUGAUCAUCAGUCCUGCAUUUGCAGAGCUGAAGCAGCAAGACGCCAACAAUGUGGGCAGGAGGAAGGCGAUCGAAGAACUUGAGAAGAGCAUCGCCCUGGCAGAGGCGGCCAGCCCAGGGAUCACAGACAAGAUGGUGAAGAAGCUGAUGGAGAAAUUUCAGAAGUUCUCUGCAAGUGACUCCUGAGGAAGGUCCCCGGCGAUGCUGUCCCAUGCACGGGCCUGCUGGCAGUCCACCAGAUCCUACUUUGGCUUGGCAGCGCUUGCUUUCCUGCGUUCCUUGUGCCUUCUUGGAUCAUCGCAAUAUACUGGAUGAUCGUGGAUUCGAAAGGAUUUAACUCCGCUAUUUUGUAAAUGGCAUACAUGCUUUUUUGUAUUUCCAGGACUUCCUUUUUUCUUUUUCUUUUCUUUUUUUCGGAGGGGGGAUAAAGAGCGACUUUUAAUAUUUUAGUUCCCAGCUAUUUAAUCCAGCUAAAACGAAACAAAAAACAGCGGGGCGCAGUUUGCUUCUCGAUGUAAUCAGGAGCGGCCGAUGGCCAAUCGCCACGGGUGGGAUCUAUGUUGUCCACAAAUCUGUGGACGCGCACCCUUUUUGCUUGAGUUCGUAGAAAACACCCACGCAGUGUGUGUGUCAAGUGCCCCUGUUUUCAGAGAAGGCUGGCCGGUCGUCUUCUCGUCCGCGUAAGCCGCAGGUCUCCCGAGCCCUGGAAGCUGGGCUCCGCGGUAGCUUCUGGAAGAGGAUGCGUGACGGCACUUCUCCUGUGGGACGUCGCUGCAGCGCCGGGUUGAGCCCGUCGUCUUUAUUUAGGCCCGUGCAAGUAUAAGAAACUGGCAACAGCAUCUGCCCUUUUGGAAUUUGGUACAGCAUUUUAUCUGGGAUCACCUGAAAGCAAUACGUCAACGGCUCGGCCAGCUAACCUGUAGCUCGGCGUAGUUUGUACGGGUUCCUUUGUAGAGCAGAAGAUCCACGGGGGAAGGGGGUCGGUGUAAAAACACCAAGGGGGCAGCUGGGACCAUGUCUCUGAAGCCCCCCCCCUUUUUUUCACACACGUUGCACACAACGGGGUGGGGCUUUCAGUCACAUGGACACAGCCACCAUCUUGACGCAUUGGAGCCCACCCCACCCGGAUGCCCCCACAUCCAACAUUCAUCAUGGCAAGAAAUUUUAAAGCAAUACUGUUGAAGGGUUGGCGGUGUUUUGGCAAUAAUGGACACAAUUUGGCUGGGUGGUUUCGUUUUGAGUAAAAUUGGAGAAUGAAUAGCUUGUUCUGUGUUUGGAGCAUGUGGUCGAUACCUCCCAGGCAGGUUGAAGUGUGCGACACCAGAGUUGUGUGUGAUGUUUUUUUUCUUGUAAGAUAUUGAUAUACUUAUGUUCUUAAAGUACUUUCCAUUCAGUGCAUCAACAAUUGUUUAAUUCCCCCCAUCCCAAAGUGUAUUUUAAAUAUAUAUUUACCAGUUAAUAUGCAAAUAAUUGAGUUAUAGAUAUUCUUUCACAAAAAAAGAUAGUACUGUGCAGUACAGAGUGAUUUUUCUUCAUAAAAGGUAGAAGAAAUUAUAAACUUGCUUUUGAUUAUAUAUUUAUGGUACUGUUUAGAUGAGGUUCUCUCUCUUCCUUUUCAACCCAGGAUGUAUAUUAUGCUGUUGAAGUGUAUUGUAUUUCAGUCCUUAGUUGUAGAAGUGUUGGUGUAAAUUUAUUUUUGAUAAGAAGUCUGGAUAUGUUUAAUUUUAUAGUUCAGAUCUGCACAUUUUUUUUUAUUUUUGCACAACAUUCAUUUUAAAGGAUUUGAAGUGUAUCAGCCAAAUAUUGAAAGGAGUUAAUAGAGUGCAAAUGAACAAUUAUUUUUUUGUGGUGGUGGUUCAAAGUUGCCAUUGCAUCCUUUUCUUUUUAAGGAAAAAAAAGAUAUAACAACACUGGCAAGAGAUGGUGGUUAGAAAUGCCAAGGGCAGUUGUUUUCAGUGGUGCCUACACUGUAAAAAACAAAAACAGAAAAACUUUAAACUCCUUUUGUUUUAAUUUUAAAGAAACGUUUGUUUUAAAAAAACUUGUUUCAUUGCUAUAUACCUGAAACACAAUUAGAAUUUAUAUCUGAGGGGGGGAAAGUCUGGACAUAGUUUUGAAAAUCAGUAAUGUUAUGGAUUAAAUAAAAUAUUUUUAUAAAUGCAGAAGCCGUUCAGGUUGUAAAUACAGUUGAUUUGAAGCUUUACGAAAUAACCGUAUCGUCCAACCGAAAUCGUAGCACUCCUCCUUCCCGACGUCUGUUAGUUCUGUAAAUCUGUUUAUAGAUUAAGCUUCUUUUCCCACUUUUGAGGAAGGGGGCAGCAGAAAGUCGAAUGGUUUAAAAAAUAAAAUAAAUAUUUAAGUUCUAU